AAUUGAUAGACACAUAUAUAUUAUAAUAUAUACCAAUUUAGAAUUGAAAAUAAAAUAUUUAUAUAAAAAUAAAUGAAAACAAAAACUCGCGCGGUUGCGCGGGUCGAGAUCUAGUAUAAGCUUAAAUAUGUAUAUAUUUUCUCCAAAAAGAAAUUAUAUAUCCAUUCGCUGGACAUAAGAAAAAUAUGUCAAUAAGUUUUUUCAAAAAAAAAAGAUUAUAGAUUCAUUGAUCUUAUACGUUCAUAUAUCAACAAUUUCAUUGGAAGCACAAACUUUUAUGGGAAUCAUCUCAGAAACCCCACGUGAUUCUCUUUGUUUUAUUGCCGCCCAUUUGUACUUAUAUGGAUCAAUCUGGAACUUUGUUUGGUUUAUAAAAUGCACUUAAAAUGGAAUUCGUACUUUGCAAAACAAGACUGAAGUGUCAAGAUCACUCCUUGCUUCGGCUCUCUGUGUCCUUGUAAGAUCUUCUGUUCUUCUCCCUUUAUCCCACAAAAUGAUUCAGAGUUCCUUACCUGCUCUGUUUUAUCAUUAUAGCUUCUAUGUGAUUUUUAACUGUUCUUGUUUGUUUUCUGGUAGUCAUCGAUUAAAAUCUCUUGUAAGAUCUAUAUCUCCAUUCUUUUGCUUCUGUCCCAAGAGCUGAUGUUGGUAACCUUUUUUUAUUCCCUGUUUUAAUAACUUCAUAUCUCGAAUAUUUUUAGAGGCCGUACUACUGGUUUUAUGUUUCAGUGAAACUAUGCAUACUUGUUUUGGUAAACUUGUGAUCUUUCGUAUGGCCUUCUUUGGAUAAUUGGUGGGUUUUCUAGAAAGUUCCCAGGUGUUGUUUUGAGUAGUUAAUACUCAUUUACUAUUGAUCCAAAAAAAAAAUACUCAUUUACUAAGAACAAAUGGUCUUUCUUGACGACAUUUGUUCUAGCCUUAGGGUUUGGUUUAGGCUUAAGGCUUAGCAUUCACAUUUUUCAAAAAAAAAGUAAAAGCUCCUAAUAAUAGUUUGGUCAUGAAAAACAAACAGUGAUAACUUUGUCCAAAGUCGGCGUCAUUGUAUCUAAUAGCUUAACUGUUGGUGACUGAUCUAAUCACUGGUAGACUUUUAUACUAUUGUGUUCGUAGGAAUUGUUAUAACUUUUUGGGAUCUUCAAAGAGCCACUGGCUUAAAAUCACAUCACAAACUUCUUGGUUGGAGGUGACUUUGGGAUGGCAGAGAGGAGAGCCAGCAACGGAGGAGAAGUUGUAAUCAAUGUUUUAGAUAAAGAAGCGUCAAAAGAUGAUCCAUCAUCAUCUCCUUCUUCCAAAGUAGAGUCUCCACCAAUGUCAGAUAGAGAGACUGCAAAACUAGAGCCGCUAAGCAUUCCUCCUCCUGAAAUCUAUAAGUUACCUGGAAGUGCUCAUAAGCCGCCUAAAGUUCCAAGUCCUAGCACUGAAGGUCUAGUUCGAAGGAGAUCUCUCUCACAGUCAGUCUACUCCAAGUCCAACUCAAGGUUUGGGCAACAACAGUCUUAUCGAUUCGAUAAGACUAUAGUUGAGGAAAACUGUGGAACUCCCAAGGAACAUUAUGGUGCUACUUCAUUUUCAAGGACUUCUUUUAACAAGGCUUCCCCUAGUAACAAAUCGAAUAGGAGCACCAGCUCAGCAGCCAUGAGUAGAGUCGAUGAGGACGAAACAGAUGAAAAUGAAGAAAUCUACAAACAGGUUAAACUACACCAAGUGAAGCGUAGUGGAAUCAGACCUCUAGCUCUGAUUGAGUUGCUACUGUUUGCAGCCACUCUUUGCACUUUGGUUGUGAGUUUAACCUAUGAUACGGUGAAGAAGCAUCACAUUAAGGGUUUGGAAGUUUGGAAAUGGUGCGUUCUUGUGAUGGUAACGCUUAGCGGCAUGUUCGUGACGAAUUGGUUCAUGCAUUUAGCGGUUUUCAUCAUAGAAAGAAACUAUCUCCUACGUAAAAAAGUGUUGUACUUUGUCCAUAGCUUGAAGAAGAAUGUUCAAGUCUUCAUUUGGUUCAGCUUAAUUCUUGUUGCUUGGGUGCUUCUCUUCGACGAUGACGAUAAACACUCUCGUAAGACCAAGAGGUUUCUACAUUUUAUAACGUGGACCAUCGUCUCCCUCCUCAUCGGUUCAACCCUUUUCUUGGCGAAGACGUAUGCAUUGAAAGUCCUUGCAUCAAAGUUCAACGUCAGAAACUUCUUUGAAAGGAUUCAAGAGUCUAUCUUCCACCAGUACGUUCUCCAGACUCUCUCAGGACCUCCGCUUAUCGAAGAGGCAGAGAGAGUUGGGCGUGAGCCGAGCACGGGCCACCUUAGUUUCACUAGCACCAGUGGAACGGUGAAAGAGAAGAAGGUGUUGGACAUGGGAAAGGUUCACAAGAUGAAACAAGAGAAGGUCUCUGCUUGGACAAUGCGGGUCUUGAUUGAAGCCGUUGGAGCUUCAACCAUAUCUAACACCUUAGAUGAGAGUAUCAAUCGGAAAAAGAGAGCUGAUAAGGAGAUAACUUGUGAGAUGGAGGCUGUGGCGGUUGCUUAUGAUAUCUUCAACAAUGUUGCUCAGCCUAAUUCUAGUUACAUAGAGGAAGAUGACUUGCUAAGGUUCAUGAUUAAGGAAGAGGUAGACCUUGUAACUCCAUUAAUAGAAGGUGCCGAGACUGGAAAAAUCACACGCAAUGCUUUUACAGAAUGGGUGAUUAAAGUUUACACAAGUAGGAAAGCAUUAGGACAUGCACUGAACGAUACAAAAACAGCGGUUAAGCAGGUGGAGAAUCUUAUAACUGGAGUCUUGUCGGUUGUCACAUUCAUCAUUUGGUUAAUACUUUUGGAUGUAUUAACGACCAAGUUUUUGGUGGUAUUCUCCGCAAAAUUCGUGGGUUUUGCUUUCUUGUUCGGAAGCACUUGCAAGAAUAUCUUCGAAUCUUUUGUGUUUGUCUUCGUUAUGCACCCUUACGACGUUGGUGAUCGUUGUGUUAUCGACGGUGUGAUUUUGUUGGUUGAACAAAUAGAUCUUUUAACUACGGUGUUCCUCAAGAUUGACAAUGAGAAAGUGUUUUAUCCAAAUGCGACUUUGAUUUCAAAGCCAAUAAGUAAUUUCUACAGAAGUCCAGAUAUGGGAGAUUCAAUACUAUUCUCCAUCGCAUUCUCAACGCCCACCGCGAAAAUCGCCACACUAAAGGACAAGAUAGCAGAGUACUUGGUGCAGAACCCACAAAAUUGGUAUCCAGAUCUCAUGUUGUUCGUGAAGGAGAUUGAGAAUGUGAACAAGCUGAAUUUGAAUCUGGUAGUCACACAUACCAUGAACUUUCAAGUUUUUGCAGAGAAAAAUCUUAGGAGAACCGAGCUGGUCAUCACGCUCAAACGAAUACUCGAGGACCUAGAGAUUGAUUACACCCUCCUUCCUCAAGAUGUUCGUCUCACCGGUCACAAAUGAUAACUUCCUUCUGUCCUUUUGCAUUUAUUACAACAUGUGUUGCUUCGAUUCAA